GCCACACAAGCCAGUAAAUCCGGGUAUGUGUGAUAUACUUUAUAAUAGCAGUGUCAUUAAUAAAUUGUUCGUCGAAUGUCUCUCUUACAUCUCAAUGGAAAUCAACGUGCGGUUAUUACCUGUUCGAUCACCUUCUAGAUCAAGAUUUGACAAUGUUCGAACACUGGUAGAAUCGCGCGCGAAGAUUAUCCCGAUAAAAAUGUUAUGAAAAGAGAGUGUUUGCUUUAGAAUCAAUUAUCUAAUCUCGCGUUGUACGUGCAACAGUUUUUCCUAGAAUCACCUCCCAGCAUUUAUUCAAUUUAUUUUCACACGCAUCCCCGAGUUAUCGAUGUAUGUAUUUGUAAUGUCGUGUCAUUUUUUGUAUCGUAUAUCUUAUUACAUCACGUUCUACGCGGUUCAAGUAGUUUUAUAAUUUCAUUUCGUAUUCAUGCGAUAUUUAAUACAUAGAAUUGACGUCUGUGCUGGAGCAAAAAAUGUGAGGUGAGAUUUUAUUUUUAACGAGUCCCGAUCAAAGUGGUAUCAGACAUUGAAGAAACUUUGGAAACUUUGAAAUAUAAGAAAGGAACAAACCUACAAGUACAAGUACAUAUCGUGUUAAUUAUUAUUUCGUAUCAAUCGUACAAAUCACAUCCUUAUGUAUAUCAAUAAUUUGACGAAAAUUGUCGCGUGAUCGACAUUGUAAAAAAAAGUUCAGUUUUUAAAAAAGAUAGUACAUGUUUACUUGUGCUUCUUUUUGUACAAUUUGGCAAUCGCAUUAACACGUGCCACAAUACCAAAAUGCACGCUACGAAUCAGUUACGUAACGAACGUACGAUAAUGCUGAAUAAUCAAGAGUUGAAAACUAUGCAUGUCAUUAAAAAUUUCUUAUCUUCGAAUAGAAGUAGAAAUAACUUCUCAAUUGUUUAUUAUUCGCUUUUUCGCGGCAACUACAACUUUCGUAACCAAGUUCGUGAAACUUAAAUUAUUAAAACUUUUGUUCGCUACGUUUAUCAUUGAUAAACUUGCGUUUGCAUUUAUAUUAUCAUCAACAAAUCUUUCGGAUCGUCACAGUUGUAAAAUAAUUUUCAUUAAAUUAUUUUAUCCUGAUUUUACAAAUUUUUUUUCACAUGUUAUAAUUUCAUUUGAAGCAAUAAUGGUAAUUGACACCGUGUUAGAGUUUACUGAAGAAACGCAUCGAUAAAAAGUGUGCUCGUUACAAACAAGAUGCUCUUGGCGUUCGUGUAUUAGUCGUAGCGAUAUAUGGAGUUCCAAAACUGGUUCAUGUCCACGAAACGUGAAACGUUGAUUUUGAAAUCGACGAUAGUUUGGAGGAAGGUAGGGAGCUCCAGCGCGCAGUCACUCGUCUCGCGAACUAUCGUACAAUCGUGUCCAUUAGUCGCUAUCGAACGGUCACCGAGAGACGACUUUCUAAAUUCCCUGCGAUUCAAAGUUUAAAAAUGGUGCGUGACACGAACAUGGAGAAACUCCAGGAUCUUGCAACCAGGCUCCGCAUUGAGAGUAUCCAGGCAACCGAGGCAUCGAAAAGCGGACAUCCAACAUCAUGUUCUUCGAUGGCGGAAAUCAUGUCUGUCUUAUUUUUUCACACGAUGCGUUAUAAAGUAUCGGCACCACGUGAUCCAAGUAAUGAUAGAUUUGUGCUGAGCAAAGGUCACGCAGCACCUAUUCUUUACGCAGCAUGGGCAGAAGCAGGACUUUUCCCGGCGACUGAAUUGUUAAAUUUAAGGAAAAUUGACAGCGAUUUGGAAGGACAUCCCACUCCAAGGCUUAACUUUGUCGAUGUGGGAACUGGUUCUUUGGGGCAAGGUCUUUCAGUUUCUGCUGGAAUGGCUUACGUAGGAAAAUAUUUUGAUAAGGCUAAUUAUCGCGUGUACUGUCUGAUCGGUGAUGGAGAAGCAGCUGAAGGCUCAAUAUGGGAAGCACUUCACUUUGCUUCUUAUUAUAAGCUAGAUAAUCUUUGCGCUAUUUUCGAUAUCAAUCGUUUGGGACAAAGUGAACCGACAUCUCUUCAGCACAAUAUGGAAGUCUACCGCAAAAGACUUGAAGCUUUUGGUUUCAAUGCAUUGGUGGUUGAUGGUCACGAUGUAGAAGAAUUGGCCAAGGCUUUCCACGAAGCACAAAGUACAAAAGGACGGCCUACUGCUAUUCUAGCAAAGACGUUUAAGGGAAAAUAUUUCCCCAACAUCGAAGAUCUUGAAAAUUGGCACGGAAAGCCACUUGGCAACAAAGCAAAUGAAGUCAUUCAACAUUUGACUGGAAUGUUGAAAAAUUCUGGUCCUUUGGGGUUGCAUCCCCAAAAACCAUUGGUCGAUGAUGUUCCGGCUGUAGAUCUUAAUAACAUUAAAUUAGCAUCACCUCCGAAUUAUAAACUGGGAGAACAAGUUGCUACCAGAUUGGCUUAUGGUACUGCUUUGGCCAAGCUGGCAAAGAACAACAAUCGUGUCAUCGCUCUAGACGGAGACACGAAGAAUUCCACGUAUGCGGAGAAAAUCAAAACGGUCGACCCAACUAGAUUCAUUGAAUGCUUCAUUGCCGAGCAGAAUGUUGUAGGAGUAGCAAUUGGUGCAACAUGUAGGGACAGGACGGUCGCAUUUGUAUCUGCGUUUGCUACUUUCUUCACUCGUGCCUUUGAUCAGAUUCGUAUGGGUGCUAUUUCACAAACGAAUGUCAAUUUCGUUGGUUCUCAUUGCGGUGUUUCGAUUGGAGAGGACGGCCCUUCGCAAAUGGGUCUGGAAGAUAUAGCCAUGUUCCGUACAGUUCCUGGCUCUACCGUUUUUUAUCCAUCCGAUGCCGUUUCUGCGGAACGUGCCAUCGAAUUAGCAGCGAAUACAAAGGGUAUUUGCUUUAUACGCACGUCGCGUCCUGCUACGGCGGUUAUAUAUAAAAAUGAAGAGCCUUUUGUCAUCGGCAAAGGCAAAGUGGUCAGAUCUUCCCCGAAAGAUCAAAUUCUCGUAGUUGGAGCUGGCGUGACUCUGUACGAAGCACUUAAAGCUGCCGACGAAUUGUCUAAAGUAGGAGUAAAUGUUCGAGUGAUCGAUCCAUUUACGAUUAAACCAUUGGAUGCUCAAUUGAUCGUAAAGAAUGCUAAAGAAGUUGGAGGAAGAAUCGUUACCGUGGAAGAUCAUUACCCGGAAGGUGGUCUAGGGGAAGCCGUUACUUCGGCAGUUGCCUUGGAAAGAAAUAUCGUAGUUAAAAAACUAGCUGUUACCGAAGUGCCACGUUCCGGUCCUUCAAACGCGUUAUUGGAUAAAUAUGGAAUUAGCGCAAACAAAAUCGUUGCUGCAGUUCAAGAAGUAUUGAAAUUGUAAUCGUAAAGAUUAGAUAAAGGUACCGGUAUCGUUCGUUCUGAUGUCAAAUCAACUGCCAUAUCAAAAUGUGAAGCUACAUUAUAUUUUUACAAAUAUCAGAGAUACAGUGCAUUCCAUUUUUGAGCAUUUACCGCGUACAAAACGUCGAAAAUUUUGCUCGUGUCAAUGUACCAAGAGAAUUUGGCACAAAAAAGAUUGUCCUUUGUACAUAUCUGUUUUAAGAGAAGAAUAUUAUACUUGAGAAUUGUGUCAAAUUUUAUAUAUCUAAAAGAUAUAAUUUUAUGCGAAGAUUUGAUACAUAUAUAAUGAUAGAUUAAGGGGUGUUGCUAUUUUGAAACUAUUGUUCUACGCGCAAGCAAUUUUUGAUUAACUUUUUCGAUACCUACUACCUCAAACGCACAAUCUUUCGAUGUUAAAUAUUAUAUUAAAUACAAAUAAAAAUUUUAUGAAAACAUAAA